AUGGUCCAAGCAGAGUCCUCCUCGUCCGCCGCCCGCAACGGCGUCAAGCCAAAUCCUAAUGCCACCAGCAGCGCGAACUACGACCUCCCCUGGGUAGAAAAGUACCGGCCUAUCGUCCUCGACGACAUAGUGGGCAACACCGAGACAAUCGAGCGUCUCAAGAUCAUCGCCAAAGACGGCAACAUGCCGCACGUCAUCAUCUCCGGCAUGCCCGGCAUCGGCAAAACAACCUCGAUCCUCUGCCUCGCGCGGCAGCUGCUCGGGCCCUCCGUCUACAAAGAAGCCGUCCUCGAGCUCAACGCCUCCGAUGAGCGCGGCAUCGACGUCGUGCGCAACCGCAUCAAGGGCUUCGCGCAGAAGAAGGUCACCUUGCCGCCGGGAAGGCACAAAAUCGUGAUCCUGGACGAGGCCGACAGCAUGACGAGCGGCGCGCAGCAGGCACUGCGCCGCACGAUGGAGAUCUACAGCUCCACAACCCGCUUCGCGUUCGCGUGCAACCAGUCCAACAAGAUCAUCGAGCCGUUGCAGAGCCGCUGCGCGAUUCUGCGGUACGCGCGCCUGACGGACGGACAGGUGGUGAAGCGCCUGCUGCAGAUUUGCGAGGCGGAGAACGUGCAGUAUAGCGAGGACGGGGUGGCGGCGUUGGUGUUUAGCGCUGAGGGGGAUAUGCGGCAGGCUAUCAAUAAUCUGCAGUCCACGCACGCCGGGUUUGGAUUUGUCAACGGGGAUAACGUGUUUAGGGUCGUGGAUAGCCCGCAUCCGGUCAAGGUGCAGGCGAUGAUCAAGGCGUGUUUUGAGGGGCGAGUGGAUGGAGCGCUGGAUACUCUGAAGGAGCUGUGGGACCUCGGCUACUCAUGCCACGACAUCAUCAGCACCAUGUUCAAGGUCACCAAGACGAUUCCCACGCUGCCUGAGCACUCAAAGCUGGAGUUCAUCAAAGAAAUCGGCUUCACGCAUAUGCGUAUCCUCGAAGGCGUCCAGACUUUCGUCCAACUCGCGGGCUGCGUCGCCCGUCUUUGCAAGAUCAACAUGAAGCCCAGCCUCUUCGCCCUGCCGACAAAAUGA